AUAUAGUUUAUACAGGAUAAACUAUAAAAACUGUUAAGUCAAUAACACAUUUGUCAUGAAUUUGGUUUUCGUCGGAUUUUACUUCUUACUGGCACUGAAACAAGGUAUAGGUUUAAAAACGGUAAAAGAUAUUCCCGAGCAGUUUAUAGCUGAAUUUGAAGGUGGGCAUAAGCAAAAAAGAAGUGUCGUCACAGGCACUGUGCUCACAGCCAGUGAAAUUAAAGUGGCUGUUGACAAACAUAAUGAAUAUCGAAGAAUUGUAGUUCCAUCUGCGAGUAACAUGCUAGAAAUGGUCUGGGAUCCUGAGCUAGGAAAAAUGGCCCAGGAUUAUUCAAGAACGUGCACUUACGCCCAUAGCUCGGGUAGACGAACCAGCAAUUUUACUUGGGUUGGAGAAAAUCUAUAUCUCCGUUCAAACGAAUGGAGUGCGACUAAAGUGUUGGAAGAUGCAAUCACCGGUUGGGACAAUGAAAAGAAGGUCUACACCUACAGUUCAAAAGCAUGUAGUAGGGUAUGCGGGCAUUAUACACAGACGGCGUGGGCAGAGAGUUAUGCUGUAGGAUGUGGGGUAACGACCUGUUCAAAUGUCACCGUCGGUAGUAAAGUUUGGUCCACUGCUCAAAUUGUCGUGUGUAACUACGGACCAGGAGGUAACAUCAAAGGUAAACACCCUUAUAUUAGUGGGAGCCCUUGUUCUGCUUGUCCAAAAGGCUAUGGCUGCAAAAAUGGCUUGUGUUCACUCUCUGCUGAUUCGAACAUGCUUAAAGGACUCACGAGUUUUAUGCUCACUGCUACUGUUUUUGCUAUGUUGUAUACAACUGUAUAAUAUGAAUUACACUCUCCGCACUUAUGUAUUAAAACUUGUGUCGAUUUGUUAUAGUAAUUGCAGUGAAACAAUUUUAAAAUGUGCCCUGUUUUAAAAAUAACAACGUACAGAAAUAAACUAUUGUUUUACUU